GGAAUGUUCAACGGUACAACGGGAAGUGGCGUAAGCGCAGUGCUGCCGAGUUCCUUCACGUGGAUCCGACUGCUAGUCCAGUGAGUUUAACGGCUGUAGGAACGCUAGGGUAGAAGAUAGCUAGCUGGUUAGCUAUAAAUUCCGGAGACACGGAGAGAUGGCGUUCCGGAAGUUCCUCCCCUUGUUUGACCGGGUGCUAGUGCAGCGGCUGGUGGCAGAGACGGUCACGAAAGGGGGCAUCAUGCUGCCGGAGAAAGCCCAGGGCAAGGUGCUGCAGGCCACCGUGGUGGCGGUGGGCCCCGGAACCACCGAUAAGGACUUCUACAACUGGCCAGAGGAGUCAUUUGAGGAGAUGGACAGCACACUCGCUGUGCAACAGUACAUCCAGCAGAACGUCCGCUCAGACUGCUCCAACAUCGACAAAAUCCUGGAGCCUCCUGAGGGCCAGGACGAGGGAGUGUGGAAAUAUGAACAUCUCAGGCAGUUCUGUCUGGAGUUGAAUGGACUGGCUGUUAAACUGCAGAGUGAGUGCCACCCUGACACCUGCACCCAGAUGACCGCCACAGAGCAGUGGAUAUUCCUGUGUGCUGCCCACAAGACCCCGAAAGAGUGCCCGGCCAUCGACUACACCCGACACACUCUGGAUGGAGCCGCCUGCCUACUCAACAGCAACAAAUACUUCCCCAGCCGAGUGAGCAUUAAGGAGUCCUCCGUAGCCAAGCUGGGCUCAGUGUGUCGCCGUGUCUACAGGAUAUUCUCCCACGCCUACUUCCACCACCGGCAGAUAUUUGACAAGUAUGAGAGCGAGACGUGCCUGUGUUUUCGGUUCACACGCUUUGUGAUGAAGUACAGUCUGAUGUCCAAGGAUAACCUGAUUGUCCCCAUCCUGGAGGAGGAGCAGAACACUGCCACAGCCGGGGAGAGUGAGGCUUGAGCAGCAGGCUACAAGUGAACACUGCCCCCUGUACAUCUUCUGCCGUGCCCCUCCACUGUACAGACCCCACCCUGCCCUGCCCCUGUAUAUACCUGCUGUGCCACUACAAGCCCCACAAUGCCCUGCACUGCCCCAUGUAUAUGCCCCUUCCCUGUACAUACACUGAUUCAACCCCACUCCCCCAUGUACAUAAACCUGUGGCCCUGUCUGCCAGCUCUGUUCUGCUUCAUCUCUCAUCAGCCCCACUUAUGCAAAAUGUAGUGUGUGUGCGCGUGUGUGUGUGUGUGCGUGCGGCAGUGAGAUUGUUUCCCUGCCGCUCCCAGCUGGCCACAAUACCUUUUUUUUUUUUUUUUUGAUUUUUUUCAAAUUACAAUUGUUUUAACUAAAGGUUAUUUUCAUUAUCGGUUAAUAAAAUUAUAUAUGUAUAUAAUUUUAUGAUCCAGAACUGGCUCUUGCUAAUUAUUUUCCAUUUUUGAUCCCUCUGCUAAUUGUUAAUUGAUGUCCCUAUUUAAAAUGUAUUUGCAUUUACUGCAGUGCAUUAGUAAUGAUCAAACUGUAUAAAUAAUGGAUUACAGUAUGAAUUACAAAGUUUAUGUAGCUAGAAAAAUAAUCUGGUUAAGAAUGUCUGCUGAAUUCCUAAAAUCACUGAUCAAUUUGUAACUUGGAAUAGGCGCGGUUUCUUGUUAGCUGUGUAACUUCACUUUGUGGUGUAUUGUAUGGUUGCACUCCUCGCACAGACAUUACAAAUUGAUAAAGGAUACAGAAACAACAUGUCAAAA